UUACAAGCUUUUCUAGUUACCGGAACUCGGUUGUCGGGUCACGUGACAGGUCUGCUAGACUCGGCCCGCCGAGAAAGCUCGACUACACAUGAAAUGCUAGAUUUAAACUGCUUUUGGACGAUUACAGCAGGACGUGACUUACAAGUGUAAGCGAGAAGGCUUGGUUACCGACCCACCCUUGAGAUAUAAUGCCUGUGGAAGUUUCGGAGGAAGAAUUGAACGAUUAUUACGCAGUUGCCCUUGAAGUGGCAAAGAAAGCAGGAGAGGUAAUCCGAAAUGCAUUUUGGAAAGAGAAAACUGUGGAUACCAAGUGCAGCGCUGCAGACCUUGUGACUGCAACAGACAAGGCUGUUGAGAAGCUUUGUUUUUCGCUCAUUAAGGAUAAAUAUCCAGACCACAGGCUUGUAGGUGAAGAGACUGUGUCUGAAGAAGACUGUAAGAUAACCUUGACUGAUCAGCCAAUGUGGGUUAUUGAUCCAGUAGAUGGCACCACCAACUUUGUUCAUAGCAUACCUGAGGUUUGUUUUUCUUUGGGUGUCCUCAUCAACCAGCAGCCCAUGAUAGGCGUGGUGUACCUUCCAGUGACAGAACAGAUGUACACAUCACGCCGAGGACAUGGUGCUUUUCUCAAUGGGAAAAAACUCCAAGUCAGUAGACAGACAGACCUGAAGAAAGCUGUUGUGAUUUGUGAGGGUGGUAGCUCCCGUGAUGAGAAUGUCGUCAAAGUCAAAAUGGAAAACAUUCAUAGGCUUGUUUCUGCCUCUCAUGGAAUCAGGGCAUAUGGAUCAGCAGCACACAAUCUAUGUCGAGUUGCUCAGGGUGCUGGAGAUGCCUAUGUCGAAUAUGGCAUCCAUAUCUGGGACUUUGCUGCUGGCAUGCUUAUUGCGCAGGAAGCUGGGGCAGUUGUUGUCGAUCCCGCAGGUUUACAAGUUGAUCUCCUAAACAGACGCAUUCUUGCAGCAGCAUCUGCUCCUUUGGCUGCACAGAUCUCAUCUUUGCUUAGCCAUCUAGACAUGGGAAGAGACUGAUAGUACCAAGACUGCAUUUUUAUUGCAUGGAUGGUAAAAAUUGCAUUGUGGGGAACACCCUUCAGUCAAAUAGUUGCAAACUGCCCUUACAUCUGCAGUAAAAUCUGUUCUGUCAGCUGAAGUAUGUUCCUACAUAUAGCAAGGAACCUGCAAUGUGAGAACUCUUUUGGGUCAGCUACAAACUUUUCCUACAUGAUAGAAAUCCCAGAUUCCUUCCACCACAAUCUGCAAGAUGUUCCACUCCAUACACUAGAAAAAUCUGUAGUGUAAUGCAAAAAUAAGAACUACAAGAUCUGACAGGUACAAAAAUAGAAGAGUUGCAGAACUUUUUUGAAUGCUUUUAUAUACAGUAAUUCUUCAUGCCAUGUGCUUUAUGAUGCAUAGAGUCUGAUUCAGGAAAAAUUAUGCAAGACAGAUAUGUAACCCCCCCUCCCUCCCAAAAAAAAAUCAAACCAAAAUCUCUAAUCCACACAUGAGAGUUUUGCGAACUGAGACUGCAGUCAACAGCCUGUAAGCAAGACACAGCCAAGGUUCAUUGCAAUAUGACAGAUCCUGCUAACUAUAACACUAUUCAAGUGUUAAAGUGUUUCAGUUCAUGAGCCUAUAAAAAAAAUGAAAAAAAAUGGGUACUUUCUGGCUACACCAGCUGAUGUAAACCAAUCACAUCUCACAAAUUGAAAAUUAAUACCUUGGGUGCACAAAAAUAAUGCCAAACUGUCCACAUGAGACAAGUAAAGAACUGAAUUUUGUCAUGCUGAAAAUGUUUAUUGUAUUAAAUUUUAGCAGAUACUGGCUCAGAAGAUCUCCCCAUUACAGGUUUUUCAGUACUUAAUAAAUUAAUAACUUUAUGACUGCUUUCCUCAGUUUUAUUAUUAAUCCACAGAUCAGAUUGCAGUGCAAAAAUGAUGAUUCAUAUGGUAUCUGUUGUAUUUAUAGCCUUUUAUUAUCAUCCGUCAAAUUCUGGGAUCUCUAUGAUAAAAUGGAUCACAUCAUGUUUUACAUUUUGUGUCGUGUAUCAUCAGAAGCAGUUACGAUAUAUGGUAUAAAUGACAAAAGUUGCAUGACACGAGUAAUUUGUGUAAUUGUCUGUUGCAUGACAUGAGUGAGGCAUGUGUGUGUUUUCACCACCUUUGCUUACAAACAUUUUUUCCCCUUAGACUUAAGAACUCCAGUCUUGUGCUUUUUUUUCAAAGCACGGAAGAAUAAAUCAGUUGUGUUCACAAUGUUGAGGACAGUUCAUCAGUGGCCAAUUGUAACUUUGAUGACAGCUAUAUCAUGCAACAACUUGAUGACAGCUCAUCAGUGACCAAUUUUAACAUGGAUUUAAGCUUAAAUAUUGGAAAAGACAACAGCAAGUAAAAUUGCGCAGUUAUACAUUCUUCAA